CACCCCCGGCCGCGCCGCGGCCUCCGCCCAGACCGGCUGCGAGCCCGAGGUGCCGCCGCCGCCGGGAUGUGACCUUCAGAGCCGCCUGCACAGGAUGACCGGAGCCACCGCCCCGCGGCGCCCGCGGCUUGCCACGGCCUCCCGGGCGCUCUGACCGCGCGCGCUCCCGGCCGCCUGCCAGUCUCCCGUCCCCGGUCCGCGUCCCUGGCCCUUGGCCCCGGUCCUCGCCAUGCAGCCGCCGCCCGGACCCGCCACCGCCCUGGGCACCGCGUUGCUGCUGCUCCUGCUGGCCUCGGAGUCCGCGCACACCGUGAUGCUGCGGGCGCGCGAGGCGGCUCAGUUCCUGCGGCCCAGGCAGCGCCGCGCCUACCAGGUCUUCGAGGAGGCCAAGCAGGGCCACCUGGAGAGGGAAUGUAUCGAGGAGCUGUGCAGCCAAGAGGAGGCCCGGGAGGUGUUCGAGAACGACCCCGAGACGGAAUAUUUUUAUCCAAGAUACUUAGAAUGUAUUAAUAAAUAUGGAUCUCCGUACACAAAAAACCCAGCUUUUGUUAAAUGCGUUCAAAACCUGCCUGACCAAUGCUCUCCAAACCCCUGCGAUAAGAAGGGAACCCAAGUCUGCCAAGACCUCAUGGGCAACUUCUACUGUCAGUGCAAAGCUGGCUGGGGGGGUCGGCUCUGUGACAAAGAUAUCAACGAAUGCAGCCAGCAGAAUGGAGGGUGCAACCAAAUAUGCUACAACAAGCCGGGCAGCUUCCACUGUGCCUGCUACAGUGGCUACUCACUCUCCCCGGACGGCAGGACCUGCCAAGACGUAGAUGAAUGUGCUGACGCAGACGCCUGUGGAGAGGCGCGCUGCAAGAACCUGCUGGGCUCCUACUCCUGCCUGUGUGAUGAGGGUUACGAGUUCAGAUCCCAAGAGAAGGCCUGCCGAGAUGUGGACGAGUGUGCAGAGCAACGUUGUGAGCAGGCCUGUGUCAACUCCCCAGGGACCUACACCUGCCACUGCAAUGGGCGUGGGGGCCUCAAGCUGUCCCAGGACAUGAACACCUGUGAGGACAUUUUGCCCUGUGUGCCUUUCAAUGUGGCCAAAAGCAUGAAGUCUUUGUACCUGGGCCGCAUGUUCAGAGGGACACCGGUGAUCAGGCUGCGCUUCAAAAGGCUGCAGCCCACGAGACUGGUGGCGGAGUUCGACUUCAGGACCUUUGACCCCGAAGGUAUCCUCUUCUUUGCUGGAGGCCAUCGAGACAGCACCUGGAUUGUCCUGGGUAUGCGGGGCGGCCGACUGGAGCUGCAGCUCCGCUACCAUGGCGUCGGCCGCGUCACCAGCAGCGGGCCCGUCAUCAACCAUGGCAUGUGGCAGACGAUCUCCAUUGAGGAGCUGGAGCAGAAUCUGGUCAUCAAGGUGAACAAGGAUGCUGUUAUGAAGAUUGCAGUGGCUGGGGACCUCUUUCAGCUGGACAAAGGACUGUACCAUCUGAACCUUACCGUGGGAGGCAUUCCUUUCAAGGAGAAAGACCUUGUCCAGCCUAUAAACCCCCGUCUCGAUGGCUGUAUGCGGAGCUGGAACUGGUUGAACGGUGAAAACACCGCCAUCCAAGAAACAGUGAAAGUGAACACGAAAAUGCAGUGCUUCUCUGUGACUGAGAAAGGGUCCUUCUUCCCUGGGAACGGAUUUGCUUUCUAUAGCCUAGAUUAUGCACGAACGUCUCCAGACUUCGGGACCGAAACAACCUGGGAAAUAGAGGUCGUGGCUCAGAUCCGCCCCGCCACCGACACGGGAGUGCUGUUUGCACUGGUGGGUGACAACCACACUGUUGCCCUCUCCCUGGCUCUGGUCGACUACCACUCCACCAAGAAGCUCAAAAAGCAGCUGGUCGUCUUGGCCGUGGAGAACGUCGCCCUGGCCCUGAUGGAGAUCAAGGUCUGUGAUGGCCAGGAGCAUGUGGUGACCAUCUCUGUGAAGAAGGGAGUGGCCACCCUGGCAGUCGAUGGCACCAAGGGACAGAGCGAAGUGAGCCCUGCAGAGCUGCAGGAGAGUCUGGCCAUCCUUGGGAGGCACCUGCAGGGUUCUGUGCUCACCUUCAUCGGGGGGCUGCCAGAUGUGCCGGUGACCUCAGCGCCAGUCACAGCCUUCUACCAUGGCUGCAUGACGCUGGAGGUCAACCAGAAGGCGCUGGACCUGGAUGAGGCCUCCUACAAGCACAGCGACAUCACAUCACACUCCUGCCCCCGGGUCGAGCAGGCCACCCCCUAGACUGACCACUGCUGCAGGAUGAGAAGCCACAAAGCACUCCUCAUGCUUUCUUUUCAAAACCAGGAAGGGAAGGCAUCAGUCACCCCAGCCCGCCUUACGUGAGCAGCUCCCCAAAACACUGAAUCCUUGCGAGCUGAGUUUCCUUUUGAGACCUUUUCUUUGCCUUGUAAUAUAUGUGUAAAUAGUUGAGAGGACUAAUGUUAAUGACCCAGAAGCGCACCCCCACACCCCAAAGCGUCCUGCGUGAAGCUGGGCUCCAAGGAGCCAACCGGAGGGUGGAGGCGGGAGGCCCGCGCCUGCCAGAGCGGACCCAGGAAAAUAAUUCUGUUAUUUUUAUUACCAAAUGCUUCUUUCUGACCUAAAAAUAUGGAAAAAUAAAAUAUUUACAGAAACCU